UUUUUUUUUUUUCUUUUUCCCGAGUCGGCGGCUGUCUGUAGAUCGAUCUGUUCUGGUGGUCUUCCGAGGUCUGUGUCUCGAUGUGAGUCGUGGGCUGAUCUGAAUUUUGGGGCUUUGACUUUGGUUGGCGAGGGUUGUUGGUGGCGUUUGGGAAAAUUGUGUUUUUGAUGAUUUGAUUGAAUUGGAUCGAGUGAUUUGGUCAUUGGUUUUUGCUGCGAGAUUCGUUUCGGCGGAAUUCGGGAGUGCUGGAGCUGCUCGGCGGUGCUGCGUCAGGGCAAUUCGCCGGUUUCGUAUUGUGUUUAUCGAGCGGCUAGUAGUUCUGGUAGGGUGUUGUUGGGCGCUUCGUAAAUCACAAGUUUGCCCUGUUAAGGAGGUGGCGUGGCGUGGCAUGGCAUGGCAGUUUUUGAGGAAUUAGCAGAGAUUCGUGGCUUGCUUUGAGAGUGCAGUGGCAACAGGGGUCUGAUGGGUUCUGUGUGCUUAUAGUAUUUCCCCGUCAAAGAGAGAAAGGAGUCAUCAAUUUGUGUAAUUACCGGCAUUGAAGCUCUGAGAUGGCAGAGAAGGCAUGUAUUAAGCGUCUUCAGAAGGAAUAUAGAGCGCUCUGUAAAGAACCUGUUUCCAAUGUCAUAGCACGUCCUUCCCCUAACGAUAUUCUUGAAUGGCAUUACGUGUUGGAGGGAAGCUCGGGAACCCCCUUUGUAGGUGGAUAUUAUUAUGGCAAGAUCAAAUUCCCUCCAGAGUACCCAUAUAAGCCUCCAGGGAUCACCAUGAUCACUCCCAAUGGGCGUUUUAUGACUCAGAAGAAAAUAUGUCUAUCAAUGAGUGAUUUUCAUCCUGAAAGUUGGAACCCGAUGUGGUCAGUUUCAAGCAUACUCACUGGGCUUCUUUCAUUUAUGAUGGACAAUAGUCCUACGACUGGCAGUGUGAAUACCACAGCUGAGGAGAAGCAACGUCUGGCAAAAUCAUCUCUUGCUUUCAAUUGUAAGAACCAAACCUUCAGGAAGAUUUUCCCUGAAUAUGUCGAGAAAUAUAACGAACAGCAGCUCGCUGAGCAACAUGUCUCAGAGCAGGUCGCACCUGAGCACCCUAAAGAUGAUAAUACCGGCACAGAUAGAGAUGGCAACGCCACGGGAGCACAAGUGAAGAACUUGAAUACCCCGAAGGAGAUGAGAAGAAACAGGAAGCAAUCAUUCCCCACCUGGAUGAUGUUGCUGCUGAUUUCCAUUUUUGGUCUAGUAAUGGCGCUUCCCUUGCUUCAACUUUGA